UCCCAGAAAGGUGGCCCCCUUUUCUUCCUUGGCAAAAUUAUAUUCGUUCAUGGGUCUCUUGCUUUGCAUUAAAACACUCUCUUCUAUCGCCAUCUUCCCUCUCUUUUCCCCUCUGUCUCUUCACAACUCUCUCUUUCGACCUCCCAUGAAGUCCUCUUCCUCUACCUCUUCUUCUUCUUCUUCUUCAACCACCAUGUCUCGUCAUUCUUGCCUUUUAAUCUUGAUGUUUCUCCUCCUUUUCUUUUUCACCUCCGCGGAUAGACACCCAAACCCUACUUCUUCCUUUGAGUCCUCUUCAAGAAACCACCGCUUCUACCGCCAUCAUUUCAACCGUCCACCCCCUUCUUGUGAUUCUUUCCCUCACAAGACUACUCGUUCCUUGUGCAUUCAUUUUCAAAGAAUGAACACACAUCGACUUCUUGGGCCACCACCGCCAACUCCGCCUUCACCACCCAAUGAGGAAAUCGAUCCAAGAUAUGGCGUGGAGAAGAGAUUAGUUCCCUCUGGGCCAAACCCACUUCACAAUUGAAGAGUUUCAUUCCUUUCCGUUCGCCAAGUAUUUUUUAAUUAAAACCAGCGUCAAUACCAUAGUUUUGUCUCCUUGUAGUAGUAGGCGCAGCACACCACUAAAUUUGGCCAACUGCCUCUAUUAUUGGCCGAAAGUUUCAUCAUCAUCAUAAUCAUCAUCUUCUUCGUCUUUCUUUCUUUCCUUCUGUAACGUUUCUUUGUAUUUCUUGGUUUCUUUUACGUUGUCCUUGUCACGCUUUAUUCGGCAUCAGCGAUGGAAGCAGAGAGCGAUCAUUAAAGGCCACC